AUGAGCUCCGAAAAAGCCAGAGUCCAAGCUCAAGAAGCGGCGUCCAGCACUCCCGCUACGUCGCCCCGAGCAUCGAUUUCUUCCUCUCCAUCAGCAAGACGAGAUCAAGACGAUCAGGAUCCGCCGCAGUAUUUCGACUCGGAGCCCAGCAGUCAACCGCCGUCAUACCACAAACACUGCGGCCAUGUAUCGCCGUCCAAGCGGAAUUCCGGUCCAGCGUCCGCGGCCAGCAUCGCGGCAAUCUUGGGUCCUCCGCCGAAGAAGCACAAAAGGAUGAGUCUCAAAGAGCGCUGGAGAGAUCUUUUCCACGACAACAGCCAUCAUUCUGCGCCGGAUGGACCUGGGACUGGCUCGGCCGACUCGAAGCAAACGUGGAACAUUGGCCAAGUGGAUUUCCUACCACCAAAGAAGACGAAAGGAUGA